AUAAUUGUUGAGAAUCAAUAUAUACCUUUAAGAAACCCACAAAAACUUCUCAAGAAUAUUGUUCUACCACUUCUCUCUACUCUCAUUUCCCAUCUCUUCUUUCAUCUCUUCUGAUAACUUCAAAUUUUGAAUCUAUCCCUCUGACUUCCCAACAUGUCGGAUUCACGUGCUUGUGAUUGUGUCAAAUUGAUAGUGAGUUUAGGCGUCACAGCUCUGGUACUAUGGUUAAUUCUACGUACCACGAAGCCCAAAUGUUCCAUUGGAGAUGUUUAUGUGCAAGGCCUUGACAAAUCAAUCAACUCCAACAACAACAGGACGAAGCGUGACAACCAUAUAUCAUUUCAACUCAAUUUGAAGAAUGAAAUGAAGGACAAAGCUGUUCGUUACGACAACAUUACCCUUAGUUUUUACUAUGGUACAAAUACAAGUUACCCUCUAGGUAAUUAUACAUUUGAUAAAUUUAAACAAGGUAAAGAUAAAGAAGCAUCUAAAAGUGGCAUGAUUGAGGCACAUAAUAUGCCAUGGGAUAAUGCAGUUAAGGCUGUUUCAAAUAAUUCUAAGGCAAUUAUUAGAGUUGAUGUGAGUACUAAAAUUAGGUACAAAAUUAUAUUUUGGUAUACUAAAAGACAUCAUUAUUUUGUGGAAAAUAAAGUUGAAAUUGAUGAUAGUGGUAAAUCUAGUGCACAACAAAUUAGUUGUUGUUUUGGGAUUUUUGGAUUUUUAUUAUUUGUAAUUUUGUCAUUUUUACUUUAAUUGUUUUAGAGUCCUUGAAAAAGGUGAAGCAUCUUUUAAUUAAUUAAUUUAGUGCACUUUUUGUUAUUCUUUCUUUCCAGGCUGUAAAGGACUUGCAUUUAUUAA